AGCGAUUGUUCCUCCCCAAAUAAGGGCACACGAGACGAUUUCUCGUCUGUCUAUGGAGGUUUUGAUUCAUAUUCCUGAAAGAAUGGGAAAGGUCACAGGCGAAGUAGAAGAAGAAGGUGAAGCUAUUAUAUCUCUGGGGUCUCUCUUCAAGCUUACUCAAAUCCAUCUAUGGGACGAUGGGUCUAGAGAUACUCAUUUGGUUCCUCUGUUCCAUGAACAGAGUGGUGUAGCCCCAAACAAGAGUGUUGAUAAUACUUCUGGAAUUGCGAGUGUUAGGUCUGAGGAGAUGGGACUGAUGAAAGAGAUGAAUGAUUUGGGUCUUCCUGUUUCCUUUCGAACAAAUAAGGAGUGGAAGAACAGAACAAGAGGAUACCAAAAGGAAGGACUCAAGGUUCAAAUAAGCGAGGAGGUUAAUGUUCUUUUCGAAGAAGAAUACAACGAGGAUGUAUCUAUUGGUGAUGAGGAAGUUGAACCGUGUCUAGAAGAUGGUUGUGUUCAAAGUACAUGUACCACAGUUGAAGAGAAAAAUGAUGAUAUUGUUGUAGGAAGCUGUUUCUUGGGAAAUGGAGAUGGAGAUUCAGUGUUGUCAUCAGAGACAACAGAUUCUCAGAGUGGUAACCAUGAAUCUAAUGAAUGGAAAGUUUAUUGGGAUACUUACUAUGGAAGAAGUUAUUUUUACAAUAUGAAGACACAAGAGUCAACAUGGGAAGCGCCGCUUGGGAUGGAGCAUCUAGCUUAUAGUGACGAAAGCCACAACUUGAGUGAAUUGGCUAUAGAGACGACAGAGAAGCAACAUGAUGCUGUGGUUGGAACUGGACCUGCCGAUGAUGUUGAUGCUGAAAAACCUUAUGAUCGUGGUGGAGCUUGUGAAACAGAAACAGAAGCCCUAGCGGAAGUUAACAGUUCUACUGAUACAUACCAAGAAACUUUCGUUGGAAAUCAAUCUUUUGAUAUUACAACUCUUGAUGAAGAGGGAAACAGUGCAUAUGUUGUCAAGUCUGUUAGGAAGGCAAAUAAAGAGUCCAGAAGAUCUCGCGCCAAAAAGAAAUUACUCAAUUCGUACACAGGGACUGGAAUGAAUGGUGUUCUUGAAGAAUAUUCUGCAAUCCUUGGCAAGUAUUGGUGCCAAAGAUACUUCCUCUUCUCUAGAUUUGAUGAAGGCAUCAAAAUGGAUGAGGAAGGAUGGUUUUCUGUCACUCCUGAACUUAUAGCUAAGCAUCAUGCCACACGUUGUAACGGAGGAAUAGUCAUCGACUGUUUUACUGGAGUCGGUGGAAAUGCUAUUCAGUUUGCAUCAAGGAGUCACUAUGUGAUUGCAAUUGAUUUGGAUCCAAAGAAACUUGAUUUAGCACAGCAUAAUGCUGCCAUAUAUGGUGUUGCUGAUAAAAUCGACUUUGUGAAGGGAGACUUCUUUGACUUGGCCCAUAACUUGAAGGCAGGCACUGUGUUCUUAUCGCCUCCCUGGGGAGGUCCUGAUUAUCUUAAAGCGAGUACCUAUGACAUGAAGACAAUGUUGAGACCUCGUGAUGGAGACACUCUUUUUAAGUCAGCCAUGAACAUUGCAUCAACAAUCAUUAUGUUUCUUCCAAGAAAUGUUGAUAUUAACCAAUUGGCAGAACUAGCGUUAUCAACAUCUCCUCCAUGGUCACUGGAGGUAGAAAAGAACUACUUAAAUGGGAAGCUGAAGGCGAUAACAGCAUAUUACGUCAGACAAAAUACUUGUUAGAACUUUAGAAGAAGACGGCGAUGCAGGAAGGCCACAAAGGGCAAAGUUACCUUGCAAUCCGCAUUUGUGUCAGCUUGUUUGAAUCCAAGUAGAUGAAAAAAUGAUUUGUGAUCAUAGGUGAUGCCUUUGUAUGUACAAAAUGUAUUUUGUAAACUCUGGGUUAAGCCCAUUCUAUAUAGAACUCUUGAUUCAGAAA